AUGACUUCAACUUUCGCACGUACGAGUCCUAUCGCCGGGCCUUCAUCAGGACCGUCACAAAUCGGCAACGUUACGCUUCAUACCGCAAUUCUCGCAAGCCAGAACACGAUACCUCAACAAACAGUCGAAUCGACGAAGGCACAGACAACGGAUUAUGGAGAGCCAACUGCAGCCUCCUGUUUUGCUCUGAGACGACGCAUCCUUACCAAAGGCUUCAAGAAGGUCUUCCACUCGAGACGCCCCAAACGUAAGGGUGUGCCAUCACCAGCACACUCCAUCCAGUUGUCGGAUGAGGAAGACCAACCCGUGAGGAUGUCUGCGUCAGAACAAAGGGGACGAAAGACCACGGCAAGACUACCGCUCGGUGCCAGGAGACCACCAACAUUGUAUGACGAUGGACAAGGAUCCUGGGUUGGCGAAUUCGGGUACAUCUACAGCGGCGGUUUGGAUUUGAAUAGAUCGCGUCUGAGUCUUGCUCUCUGUAGCGAAGUUGGACGUGCUCCUCGCCCAUCACUUGAAGCAAAGGAUAAUCACCCGCGAAUGGGGUCCAGAGCUGUCGCAGGCUUGGAAAACGCCUGCGAUGGCGCUGCAGAACAAGAUCCAAGGGGAACAAGAAGCUUGGCUGGAGCAGGUGUCGAAGCCGAUAUCCAUCAAGAUCAGCAACUGUCAAGAGAUGGCGGCGCUCAUGACGACACUGAAUGCCAGCACAUGUCGAACGAGACAACAGAGGUUGCGCCCCUGGAGGAGAAAUGCGGGUCAUGCGAUGAAGACGAGGACCGAUGCGAGGACCCCGAAUGUAGCUGUCAAAAUCAUGGCAGAUGCUGUAGCGAUGGUGGUGACGACUGA